CGUGACUUACAGCUGAUGAAGUUUACUUUUGUUUUAGCUACAUGGAGACUCCACUUUAUUCAACUCAUAAUCAAUCGGUUUAUGAACCAUCAGAGGACAGUUUUUUAUUUUUGGAUGCAUUGGAAAAAGAUUUAAAAUUGAUUAAAAAUGUAAAACCGACUAUUUGUCUAGAGAUUGGUGUUGGAUCGGGAAUAAUUACCACUGCAUUGAGUAAACAUCUUGGCUCUAGUAACUCUUAUUUCAUAGGUACAGAUAUAAACCCUCAAGCAGGCUUAGCUUGCUAUGAGACUUUCAGAUUGAAUCAACUCGCUAAUUCACCCCAAAUAGUUCUGACGGAUUUAAUUGAAUCUUUGAGUUAUCGUUUAAGGUCUAAUGUAGAUCUUAUUGUGUUCAAUCCACCAUAUGUGCCUACUGAGGACUCUGAGAUUGAAAGUGAUGAUCUUCUAACUAAAUCCUGGGCAGGCGGAAUUAAUGGUCGUCGAGUAAUCGAUAGGUUUUGCUCCAGUGUUUCUCAAGUACUUGCUACUAACGGCUUGCUCUAUCUUCUAUUGAGCAAAGAGAAUCAACCAGACGAAGUAAUUGAAAUUCUCAAGGAAUACAACAUUAAUUUAGAUGAAAUUGUGAUCGAAAGGAAAUGCCGUAAUGAACACCUUCUGAUUCUUAGAUUUAAAAAGAAAGCAAGCUCUUGACGAUGAUGAUCACUGCCUGUUAUUUCGCUUUGACCGAUAAGUCCAAACCAUGUGAAUCUAAUAUGUUGAAUAGUUACUUCGAUUUACUAUGUAACUUAUAUUUCAAGCACAAUUCCAAGUCUUCGGCAUCCACUUAAUAAACAACAUCAAGUUUCUACUUUUUAAUUAUAACAAAACAUCAUCAACAUCAAUCGCAUAUUUUCACCUCUUGACAAACCAAAAUCCUGUUGAACCAGUAAAAAUAAUCUUUCACCAAAUACAGACUCAGUAAUUCAAAUAGGUGAUCAGGGCAAGUUUAAUGAAAAACGCAAAACCGCAGAUUAAGCAGAUUCUUGUAAUUUAACAUCCAGAAAUAUCGUAAUACAGCGAUAUGAACUCACAUUAAAUACCAAUAUCAAAAAGACCAAUGUGACCGAUGUGAUAGAGGCCAAAGAGCAGCAUAAACUCUAACCACAAAUCUCAAUAGUCCUAGAUAACUAAAUAAAUAGAUAAUACAUCCAAAUUUUAUUGAACAAGAUGAAUUGUUUGAUAUGAGUAAUGCAAGCUCUAAAAAAGACGCAAUAUGAAAGCCUUGAAGUCCAAAAGAAGAAAUGAAUGCUUUGAUGACUUGAUCCUCGAACAAUAAAUCAGGAUCAUUGUUCAACUUGUUGAAUCAACCAAAGAGAGAAGAUCAUCUCCAGGAUUGGUUUCAACUGGUGCGUUUUUUUCACAGCAAUCGUCCAUUAGAUUUAUGUUCAUUUCAUCUCUAACCUUAUCCAAAUGAUUGUAUCGACAUUCUGUGUUGAGAUCAAUUUGGUUCGAUUUUUUUCUCUCAUCUUCUGGUUCUCCUGAUUCUUGGUUUGGUUUCGCUUCAUCUUCAUUCUCUAUCUCUAAUAGAUCAACCUCUUCCAUAUUCAUCCAAAUAUCAACAGCUCUUUGGUUAAAAGAAUCGUCCUCGUUAAAUCCACUUCGACCGAUAAGAUUAGCCAAAAGAUUAGCCUCUUUUUUAGCGAUUUCACCCGUUUCUUGACAAAA